CGGGCCCGGGGCCGGGCCCGGCCCGCCCCGCGGCACGCCGGGAGCGGAAGCGGCGGCCGCGUUGGAGCGAAGCGGGCAGCAUGGCAGCCGCCGGCAAGAGGAGCCUGGCGGAGCUGAGCCUGGACGAGUUCCUCGCUGCCGGCUCCGAGUCGGAGCCUGACGGCGGUUCGGAGGAGGAGGAGGCGGCCGGGGCCGCGGCGCAGCGGCGGCGGGACGGGAGGAAGGCCGGGCAGGCUCUGCAGGCCCGGCCGGCGGUGAGGAAGAAGGGAAAGGCAUCUGAACAUAAAGAUCAGCUCUCCCGGCUGAAGGACAAAGAUCCCGAAUUCUAUAAGUUUUUGGAGGAAAACGAUCGCACGUUGCUGAAUUUUGAUGCUUCAGACAGUUCUGACGAUGAGGAGGAGAGGUUGCACGUACCACCCGAUACACUGGAGGAAGCAAGUGAUGAAGAUGAAGAUGAAGAAGAACAUGAAAAAGUCAAACGGAAGAAAGUUUGUUUCAUCCCCGUGAGCUUGAAAAUGGUUGAGGAAUGGAAAAAAGCUGCAGAGAGAAGGCUAACACCAAAACUUUUUCAUGAAAUCACUCAAGCCUUUAAAGCAGCUGUAGCAACCACCAAGGGAGAUAAUGGUGGGGCUGAUCCCAGCAAGUUUCAAGUCACUGAUGCUGCAGUGUUCAAUGCCCUUGUGUCCUUCUGUGUCCGGGACCUGUUCCACUGCCUGCAGAAGCUGCUUCUUCCGAAAACCCCAAAGAACAAACUAAAGAUGGUCCUUCCUUCCACCAGCCCGCUUUGGAGCAAGCUGCGACUGGACAUAAAAGUGUACCUCAACUGUACUAUACAACUCCUGUCUUGUUUAACAGAAGCCUCAGUCGGUGUAGCAGUCCUUCAGCAUGUCAGUUCCAUAGUGCCUUAUUAUUUGUCCUUUCCAAAGCAGUGCCGUGCGCUUCUCAAGCAAGCAAUUCAUUUGUGGAGCACAGGUGAGGAAACAGUGAGAGUACUGGCCUUCCUUGUGCUGAACAAAAUCUGCCGCUACAAGAGAGAGGUGUACCUAAGUCCUUUGCUCAAGCAAAUGUACAUCGCAUUUGUGAAGAAUUCCAGAUUCACGUCUCCCAACGUCCUGCCCAUGAUCAACUUCAUGCAGCGCACGCUGACAGAGAUGUAUGCCCUGGACACACAUACCUCUUACCAGCAUGCCUUCAUCUAUAUCCGUCAGCUUGCCAUCCACUUGCGCAGUGCCAUGAUGAUAAAGAAGAAGGAGAACUUCCAGUCUGUUUAUAACUGGCAAUAUAUCCACUGCCUUUAUUUCUGGUGUCGGGUUCUCAGCACAAUCUAUCCCAGUGAGGUCAUGGAGCCAUUGAUCUAUCCUUUGACACAGGUCAUCAUUGGCUGUAUAAAGCUGGUACCAACGGCUCGUUUCUACCCUCUGCGCAUGCACUGCAUCCGUGCACUUACACUGUUGUCGGAGAACACCAGGACCUUCAUCCCAGUGUUGCCGUUUAUCCUGGAGGUUUUCCAACAGGUGGAUUUCAACAAGAAGCCAGGACGUAUAAGUGCUAAGCCUAUAAACUUUGCAGUGAUCUUGAAGCUUUCCAAUGCCAACCUGCAGGAGAAGGCCUUCCGAGACGGACUCAUUGAACAGCUCUAUGACCUGAUGCUUGAGUAUCUCUAUUGCCAAGCCUACAGCAUUGGAUUCCCAGAGUUGGUUCUUCCCACUGUCAUUCAGCUAAAAUCUUUCCUGAAGGAAUGCAAGAUUGCCAACUACUGCAAGCCUAUCCGGCAGCUCUUGGAGAAACUGCAGGAAAAUUCUGCCUACAUCGCCAGCAGGCGUCAGAAAGCUACCUUCGGCGUGGCCAGCAGGGAGUCUGUGGAACAAUGGGAGAAGCAGGUCAAAGAGGAGGGGACGCCUCUGACCAAGUAUUAUACUCAGUGGAAGAAGCUAAGAGAGAAGGAGAUACAACUGGAAAUCAGCGGCAAAGAAAGACUUGAAGACUUGAACUUCCCAGAAAUUAAGCGUAAGAAGCACGAUGAAAGGAAGGAGGAAGAUAAGAAGGAAUUCAAGGACCUCUUUGAGCUGGACAGUGACUCUGAUGAGGAGGAUGGUGGAUUCCAUAUAAAAGGUAAAGCCAAAGCCAAGCAGGCAUCAGAUGACAGUUCAGAAGCUAGCAGCAAGGACUAUGGCGAGGAUGAUGAUGAUGAAGAAGGAGAGUAUGAAAUCGAGGAGGAUGAGGAAGAAUUGGAAGAAGACAGUGACUCAGAUGAGGAAGGCAAAGAAGCUGCUCGGGGUUCCCAAGGGUCGCAGAAGCAGCGGAGCGGCACUCGUGGGCUGUCACGCUCUGACCUCGAACAGCUAGCCCAAGGAGAAGAGGACGUUGUGGAGGACUUGGCUUUCUCUGAUGAUGACUGAGCACCCUCACAGCCCCCACCCCGCCCCCCCCCCCGGCUUAUCCCCUACAGAGCUGCUGUGUACUGGAUCACCCAGCCUUCAGUGCCUGUAGCUGGUUCUCACCGAGGUGGUAAGAGCUGGGUGGUGGGACGGGUGGGAGGCCAGCCCCAGGUGCCACCAAGGACUUUCUCAGUGACACAGCAGAGAUGCUACUUGGACUGUCAAGCUUUUUUUUUUUUCCUACCAGUUAUGUUUUUUGGUAUCAGUAACAUUGUGGUCACGUCAAGGCCAGUAAAACUGCUCAGCAUAGGUAAUAAAAAGCCCUCAUUAAAAUCUGCUGCUUCAAAUAGCAUAGGGUUUGGUUUCAGCUCCUGCUGGAGCAAAAGUGAGCGGACCAAGGGAAGGACAAGUUCUUUUGUCUAAGGGUCCUCCUGUCUGUUCAGCCAACCACCCACGUCACCCCGUAUUUUGCUCUGGGCCUUCACCAAACCCUCCCUUCUGCCAAGAAGUUCUCAAGGCUUGCACAGACCGUUUCAGAACUUUGCUUCUUCUCUACAACUGGAAGCCUUUAUCGGUAACAUCAGGCGCAGCCCAGUCAGUCCAGUCAAGGCGGCUGUAACUACGCUGAAGACGUUCACUUAGUAAAUGCCUUAGGACGCAGACGGCGGGCGGAGACGGGAGGCUGUACAAGCAGGAAGGAGACGGGGCAAAACUAAUCACGUAGGAAACGUACCUUCAUUUUGUGAUGGCUGCUGGAUUUCUGCGGGAUACAUUUGCUUUGUAAAAGCAAGGGACAAGUCUGAGCCUGUGCUUUGUAACAGACCGAUUGUUAAUCCGUAGCGGCGUAAAAUCACCUCUUCCUAGGGCCAGGCCUAGCGGCUGAUGGCGAACCCCAUUUUGAUCUGUGAGUCCUGAAACCAGUAGUGAUGAUCGCAGGCUGUCUUGGGCACCCAGACUGUUACCUCAAAGCCAAGCACUGCAUCACCUGGGCAGCGUCUAGAUGCAGCUCAUUAUGUGUCUCCCUGUAGGAGUGGUGCUCGAGGGAGGGCAUGGCGUAGCUCAAGGUGGGUAAUUUGUGAUCUGCUGGGAAAAUAUAAACAGCUUAUCUCUUGAGACCACUGUUGGUUUGCAGGACAGGCAGCUAGGAAACAUUUCUGUGGAGAAUAAACUGGAAGCGGUAUUUGCUGAGAGAGGUAGGAAAAGUCAAAUAUUCUUAGGGCAUCGCUGACAGAAUCACUCCUGAAAAUUAACUGUGUCUUUCAAGAGCGUUGUUAUUUGUUAAUGCAGGGGUUUUUUGGUAAAGAAGGUAGAGGGCCAGGACUAAAUAUGAUCUUUAUUUUUCUCUUGGCACCAGUCAGUGAGGUCAGUAGCUGUCUGUCAGCGCUAGGGAUGGCCAAGCUACCUGCAGAGAUGUGCUCAUCGCUGCCUUCUGCGCUCCUGCACAUCACACGAGGACAAGGGUUUUUUUUAAAAAAACCUUUUUCCUUUUUUUUUAAAGUUGUAUUUUCAUGGAGCCAGAAGAACCACCGCUCAGAAACACUGCCCUUAUUGCAGCUAAAACCCCAACUGUACUGUAGCCUGGCCCGUGGUCUCCCGCUCACCCACAUGUGUAAGUGAUAACGACUCAGUGUAUGUAAAGAGGUAAUUAUGCUCUUCCUGUCCUACACUGAACGCGGCUCCUUUCCUGCUUCCAGACAUCAUUACCGCACAGGUAAUUACUGCUGUAGUACAGGGCUGCGGGGUGUUUGCUUCAUCCAGAGUUUGUUAUGUCUUUUUGGAGCUUAGCGGCAGGAAUAGGGGUAGAGACGGUUUCCUUUUCCCAACUGCAGUUGCAGUAAUUACUAGACGUGCCCUUCCUAGACAUGCAUUGAUACCCUUCGUCCCAUAAGGGGGAGGAAGUAACCUCAGAAAUUAGUAAUUAGAUUUUAUUAUUAACAUUGUCAUUAUUUUCACUUAUAGCCCCCUGUGAGGGGGCCAAAGCACCUGCUGCUUUGUUAGGGUUUCAGGAGCGCUCGAGACUGAGGUUCCCUACGGCUGGUAAGGCCGGCGUCUUCAGGCAGUUACAUCUGGGAGCCUGGGGUAAAACUGCAAAGAUGAGAAUUUUAAGGCCCUAACUCUAAGAAGAAGGUUUUAACUUACCUUCUCUUCCAAAAGAGAAAGGAGUUGCUUUUUAACUUAGCUGGGCAAGACGCUGUCUGCCUUUCAGCAGCUGUGACCCGACCCUCAGAUCGGCUUUGACGCCAGAAAUGCAGCCGCGCCGAUGCACCAAGAGUUGCCAACAACGCCCACCAGCGGGGCGGCGUACGGCCCCGGAGCACCCACAGUGAAAGAAAGACGACAGGAGGCUUUGGGGUGACGCAGCCACUUGCAAGGAGCUCAGGAAGCUAGGUACCAUUUGUAAAUUAAGUGUUUUUCUUUUUUAUUUAAAUUGAUUGCUGGAAAGCAUUUUUAUCGUGAUGUGAUGGAUAAUGACUUUUUUUUUUUUUUUACAAUAUAAAGAAGCUAAUGUACCACCAAGCUAUUUUGUAAGAAAAACGGUAGCACGUGCAAUGUUUAAACAAAAAAAAAGGGGGGGGGGGGGGGAGAGAGAAAGAGAAAAGUACCACAUGUGAUUGUUGUUCACAACUGUACAAGUCACAGGAGGUCACCCCCAGGAGUUACCAUCUCAUUCACAGUAGUAAAAACUCUACCCAUUGCUUUUAGCCUGAAUCCCCCAGCAUCCCUCCCCCUCCUCCGGGAACGCACAGGUAUCUGUCUCAUGGUCCACAGCAGGCCAGAAUGUGCAACUACAUCCACCUCUGUAACAAGGCUUUAAAAAUAACAAAACCAACCCUACAAACAAAAAAACCCACCCCAAAAUGUAUAAAUGAGUCUGUUGUACACGUGAAGGAGGGAGGGGGCCACACUGGAGUGAGGCCUGUGACCCCUCCUCCCACCAAAGCGCACACACUUUUCUUCUUCUCUUUAAAACAAAAUAUCUAAUGGAAAAGAAAAACCAAAACCUCUGCAGGGCUGGAGCACAGGCAGAGUCCGUUCUCUGUGUGUGCCGAAAGGGACAACGUGCCAGGGAAGAGGGCAGCCCCGGCCCGAGGGGCAGCACGGAGCCGCCUGUGCCGUACCACCCACACGGAAGUAAACAUGGACCGGAACCUGCCUUUUUUUUUUUCUUUUUUUCUUUUUUUUUUUCUUCUUUUUGUCUGUCUUUGGUAUUGUAAAGUUGCUAGAGAUGCAUAGACACCUGAAUGAGGAACUAAGGACAGUUUCCAGGGAGGAGGAGGUUUCCUUUUUGAUGGGUUUUUUUGCUCAGGGGUGCUGAGUACCAUUGGGAGGAGCAGUGCCUGUUCCCCCUCCCUGCUGGGAGUCACCCCCCAGAGUUCCCGAAAGCCGUGGGGGUCUUUGAAGACAAAGGAAAGCGUUCGUUCCCUGUCCACGGCUCUCCAUCUCAGGGAGGUGAGCGAGAAGGGGUGUGAAAGGGAAUGGGAAUGCUGCUGCCAUCCUCCGGAAUCAUUUUCUUUCUCUUCACUCGCGUUGUCUCAGUACAUCUUUGGAUAGUUUUCUUCCCUUCCCUUUUUACAGUUUUUAAAACUUCUGUGGUUUGUUGUUUUUGUUUGUUUUUUUUUUCUUUUUUAAACAAAAAGCAAAUGCAUCCAAAAAAAUUAAAAACCUCCCUUCCUCACUCCUGUGUCUCACACUGCUGAGGGAGGCUCUCCUGGUCUCUCAAAAUGCAUUACCUUCAGUUUGUUCAACUGAAUCUCAGUUCCAGAAGCAGUCAAGAGCUGUCCUGCAGUUAAGAUGGAGGUUUCGUGGUGUCAUUGAUCCCAGCAAUGAUGGAGGGGUUUCCGUUUUCCUGCUUUGGUGAGACGCGGCUGGCGGAGGGCAGGCCACUGCUGAAAGGGGAGGCCACGCUGCCCGUGGAGGAUGGCCGGAGCUCAGCCGCGGGCAGGUCCCGCUCCGGUGGCCGUAGACCCGGAGGCUGCAGUGGGAAAGCCAUGGGGAAGCCUGCCAUGUACAGAACUCUGCCCACUCUCUUGGCAACCUAUUAAAAAAAAAACACAAAAAACAAAGACAAAGUUAAUGCGGGGGGAAGAGGGAUGAGAAUGUGCACAAAGUGCCUUCAGAAAGCCCCAGAAGCUGCGUCUUCAUGCAGCAAGCCCAGGUUCUGUACUCCAACGUCAACUGGCAGCUACAAAAGCUGCCACUGCCAAGCCACAAAGAAAAUACCAAAACAAACAAACAAAAAAACCCCCCACAAAACCCAAAAAUCCCAAACCCUUGGUGACAGACCAGAGCAGACUAAGGAAGGUUUCCUCCUCGCUCCUUUUUCCUAAAGGCCGCCCAGUGCUGCGGCAGCGCUCCCGCGCUCUGUCGUACCGGGCGCGUUGGUGCGUGGCACCGAAGUCCAGCUGGAGCUGCAAGGGCUACCCGAGCUCACGGGUCAGCCUAAAGAUGUGCUGGGGCUUGCAGCGCAGGCCGUUCUCCUGCGGCGUGUUUUGCAAGCGCCGGUGUCCUUCGGCCAGAACAAGACCGAAGGCCUUGCUGCGGGGCAGGCUGAAAGGAAGCGUGCGGCCCAAGGCUGAACCGAGUCCCGCCUGCGCCAAGCAGCCGGUCCCAGGUCAGCUCUGCCACACGAGGCAGCGGGACCGCGCCUGGCCGUAGCUGCCUUCGGGUGGAGGUGUAGCGGGUGCCGCUCCCUGCCAGGUCUGUUAGCGUUAACAGGCACCACUGGAUGGACAAUUUGCUAGAACUCUCCUGCUAACCCGGCCCAGGGACCUGUGCAGGGCACGAUGGCCGCUUCUGAAGAGCAGGAAUUGCUCUUGCUCUUUAGGGGGCCGAGGGGAGCUGGAACGGCAGAAUGAAGGAGAGACAGACAAAAAAAAUCUGGCUACAGGGUGGCUGCUGUUAACUGCACAGGAAACUCUAAGCCUGCAGCCUCUCCCUUCUGCUGCAGUACCGAAGCAAGCUCUCCUGAAGCGGGUCUCGCCUCCCAGCGAGGGCCAAAGGCCCCACAACUUUCCAGCACCUACACAGCUGUUUCACAUUUAAGCUUAAACAAAAACACAGGCUUGUGUUCAAACCAGACAACUGCGGCAUUAUUCAGUUAGCAGUAUCAGGCCUUUGCUCCCCACUUACUCCCCCUCCCAACCGUGCCUUAUUAUAGAACUUUAAACACUAUUGAUUAAAUCGAAGCAGGGUUUUUCUAGUUUCAGCCCAUAUCUCAUAUUCCCCCCACCAAAUCCGAUCUAAGAAUGUCUGUAAGCUAUUUGGCGUUCUCUGUUUUUAAGAAACAUAAGAGUUUUAUUUCCUACUGAAUUGACCCACAGGGAACAAUUGCCCGCAGAACCUUUUUAUUAGACCCCUCAUAAACAGUGAGGGCUGUAGGGAAAGUAGUAAAGUUGCUCUUAUUGUUUUAACAUAAUGUAACAAAUGUAUAGCUUGUGGGGUAGGGAACCUAUGCCAGACUAGUUACUAUCUGUGCAACCCAUGUAUGUGCACAUGCACAUUACUGUCAUAACUAUUCGCAUGACAUAAUCCCCCAGGGACCACAAUAGCACAGCCUGUUCUUGACAUGUGUCAGAAGCCAUUUUUCUGAUCAUUAAAUAGCAAAAAAAAAAGG